ACGUAGCUCUUACCGUACGCGUGACGUUGUUACUGUUCUUGUUUUGGCAGUUUGUUUCGAUAUUCACGGAUUGUCAGUCCACCAAGGAGGCGUUUUAUAUUGGUUGUCCCACACGAAGCUGCGAUGGUAUUGAUUGAGCAGUGAGCUGGUAAGUGUGGUCACAAUGGCAGAUGGAGGCAGUGAUGAUGACGUCAUUCACCUGGCAAGCUUCAACAUCCACCGCAGCCAAGGCUCCCGUUCCCGUAAGAGGGAGCUCAUCACCAUUUCGGAUGACUCGGAUGAGGAGCCUAUGACUCUGGUACCUGGCAGCCCUGUUUUAGUCCCAGACAAUGCAGAUGAUGACGACGUCAGCAUAUUGGAGCCGCUAACGCCUGCACGCAGACACGUGAUUCGCCCAGCAGCAAAAUGGAGCGGGGCCUCGCACAACCUGGUUCAAGUUGUAGGUCAUAGUAGCGCAACCUCUGGGGCCCCCACGGUGGACCCUGGUUCUGCCCCCUCUACCUCCACAGAUGCCAAGGCCAACUCCUCUGCAUUGCGGCCAGCCAUACGGACACAGACACCGGUGCAGUCUAGCACGUCCGCACACACACAGCCACAACCCGGCUCUUCAUUACACACACUGUCUCAGCCAAAACUUAACACAAACUCGCAGCAACAGGUUGGUACGUCAGCACACGCAAAAGUGGAACUCCAUGCGGUUCCUAUCCAAACCCCAUCUACCUCCACAAAUGCCAAGGCUAGUGCCAGCACAUCCGGAGCACCUAUACCAGUACUUCAUCAGCCUCAGCCCAGCACAUCUGGACUCAUACAGCCACACGCUGGCUCUGCAGUACGCGUAGCGGUGGAGCCCCAGGCGAGUACCUCUACCAGUGCCACACACUACUCUUGUGCGGUUGCAUCAAGUUCUUCUACAAACACUCAAGAAAAGGCUAGUACCAGUACUCAUUCACAAGACAAUCGUCAGGCCAGUACUUCAUCUGCACAGUCACAGUCUCGCACACCGAUGCAGUCUCAGCCCAGUACAUCUACACCGCUCCAGUCCAACGGGACCACAACCCAACAGCCCCACCUCAUCCAGGUGAAGGAGGUGAAACUAGUCGUUUUUCCCCAGCAGCCGAGCAUCCAAGCCUCUGCUCUCCUCACUCAACCCCAGCAGCAGCUCAGGUCCCAGAACCCGCUGCAGUCUGGGUUACUCCAUCGCACGCAGGGCAAUCUCAUUCAGAUUGAACCACGGCCCCUGGCCCAGGCCCCUGCCCAGCCUCCAGUCCAGGCCCCUCAACCCCCUCAGGUGAUACCGGUGAUCCCCCCCGCAGUGCUAAUAGCUGCCGCCCCAGAGAGACUAGGACCUCCAGAGGCAGGUCACCGGAUCAUCCUGGGCAGCCAAGCGCCUGGGGUGGCUGUUCCCAAUCCUCCGCCACAGGCUGGUACCUCUGGUGCGGUCCCACCAGCCCGCAGCCUCCACAUCAGGAUGCCUAACGUGAACUCUAACCCUCCAGCUCCCACAGCUUCGGUCCUAACCUUCACCCGCAAUGGGGGAGAGGCUCGUCUCGUUCUGGCUCCAGCUCCGAACCCAGAAAGGGUCAAUCCAGCCCCUGGUCUGGUCGUGGUCCCUCCUGCGCCAGAGGACAUUCCCUGGAUAGAGGAUGCAAGGCCUGGUCCCUCUGCACCACGAGGGACAGAAGAGCCCCUUGUUAGAGCCCUUAUCACUGGUGUUUUGGAUCUCUUCCCAGAUGUCCAGGAAGCCUAUGUAGCAGAACUGAUCCAAAAGAAUAAUGUGAAAGACUUGAAUGUUAUCUGUAACCUGCUGUUGGAGAACCCAGAGUAUCCAAGGGGGGAUACAGCAGUCACAGUAGCUCCCACCAGCAUCCUACUGGAGUCUGGAGACACCCAGACAGAGGUGACCGAGGACCUGUUUGACUAUACCAAACUGGGCCCGGUGGGACCUGAGGCUGUGAUGCAAGCUGCCGACUUGCUCAUGGCAGAUUUCAGGAUGCUCAGUUGUCAGGACAUCAAAUGGGCCCUCAAUGCUCUGAAGGGACACUAUGCAAUCACACGCAAGGCCUUAUGUGAAGCUCUGAAGAAGUGGCAAGAUUCAGGCGACCCCUCAGGAAAGAGACGACGGAGCAGAGCCUCCUCCGAGCGCUGCUACGUUGAUUUCCAUUUUGGACACGAUUCAGUGACGUUUCACAAGAGGAUGUAUUUCUUGGAGAGUGACCGACGCUACUGCAGGACGUACAACAGUCUGGAAGCCUCUGUGCAGAAGGAGCUUUCGUUCUAUCAACAGAAGGCCAAGGAAUGGGCAGAGCACGAGGACUUCCUCCUGGCUCUGCAGGUCAAUGAGGAUGAAUACAAGAAGGACGGCCAGCUGAUCGAGUGUGGCUGCUGCUACGGGGAGUUUGCGUUUGAGAAGAUGACGCAGUGUUCAGACGGCCACCUGUUCUGUAAAGAGUGCCUGGUCAAAUACGCUCAGGAGGCUGUAUUUGGCUCCGGGAAGUCGGAGCUGAGCUGCAUGGAGGGGGGCUGCCCGUGCUCCUACCCAGUUUGUGAGCUGGAGAAGGUCCUCCCAGAGAACAUACUGUGUAAAUACUACGAGAGGCAGGCGGAGGAGGCCGUCGCCGCCACCUGCGCUGAUGAGCUUGUGCGGUGUCCGUUUUGCAACUUCCCAGCCUUGUUGGACAAAGACAGGUCUCUAUUUAGCUGUCCCAACCCUCGGUGCCGCAAGGAGAGCUGUAGAAAGUGCCAUGUCCAGUGGAAGCAGCACGUGGGGAAGACGUGCGAGCAGGUCCUGGAGAGGGACGAGAUCCGCAUGAGGGUGCUCUUCGAGGAGCGCAUGACGGCAGCUCGGGUGAGGAAGUGCGUCAAGUGCGGGACGGGCCUGGUCAAGUCGGAGGGCUGCAACCGGAUGUCGUGCCGCUGCGGCAGCUUCAUGUGCUACCUCUGCAGAGAGCCCAUCACCGGCUACAACCACUUCUGCCAGCACGCCCGCUCUCCUGGCGCUCCCUGCCGACACUGCCGCAAGUGCUCCCUCUGGACCGACCCCACGCAAGAUGAUGAGCGAAUCAUUCAGGAGAUCCAGAAGAAAGGAGAGGAAGAGCUGAAUAAGAAGAGUGCAGAUAAUUCAGGAAAGAGGGUCGGCCCUCCCCCGGAGCCCAUUAUCGACGCCAAGCGGCCGUGUGUGGGUCCGCCCCCCGAAAACCCGCAGAACCCGAACCCGAACCCGGCGGCCCCUCCUCACCCGCAGGCGGUACAGGCUCCCCUGUUCGUGCCUCCACGCGGCCCCCGCUACCCUCCGGCUCCGCCUCAGGGCAGGAUGUAUGUCCUUCCCCAGAUGCCCCCGGCCCUCUAUGUGCCCCCCCUACAGCACCUGCCCCCCCUGAACAAUAACAACAACAACAACAACCACAACCACCACCCUCCUCCUCCUCCAAUUAACCCUCAUCACCAAAAUAUGGACAUGAUGGACAUGCCCAUGCACUACGGACCCCCGCACCGCUACUACAGACGCUUUUAACGUACGCUCUGUGACGAGUUGUGUUAACCGCGGUGCGAUCAGCUCAUCCUCAGACACACACACACACACACACACACACACACACACACACACACACACACACACACACACACACACACGCUCGCUCGCUCUCAACAGUUCUACUUUUCAUUUCUGUGCUGUUUUUUGAGAUGUUAUUUUGUAUCUUUCAGUGUGCAUCACUGUUUUCUACUCCUCUCUAUCCUUUUUCCUAGUUUGCGUGCUCAUGCAGAUUUCGGACAUUCUUCUGAGUUGAUCUGAUGAAACGCGCCGAAAUGAAAAGUGCAUCUGUGGAACGAGAGCCACACAUUUAGACACUUUGCCUUCUCCCGCUGAACUUGGGACUUCAAUAAUGAAGCAAAACGCUACGUUACAUGUUCCUUUUAUUCAUCUUUUUUUCUGUUUGGGGGUUGAACUGAUGAACGGUUUAGAAUCUUGAGACAAUUUAUUUCCAGUUUAUACAUAUAUUUUUGAGUACAUAAUUGAAAAUAAAACCAGUUAGCAUUCCCUUCUGUAACUUUUGUGCAACAGGUGUGAGACCACACAGUUUUCUAAUAAAGUUGUAUGUUCGCAUUGUCUUGA